AAGCAGUGAGUCAUUUGGUAGACUCACCAUCAUCUGAAGAGACUCGGAGCACCUGAAGGUCGGGUGUUUUUAAACCGGCAGCCGUGAGAGCUCCUCCGCGUUGAGCGCACUUGACUUUCCCCUUUCACCGUCUCCUGGCGCGGCUCUGCGCAAUCACAGCCGUCUCCAAAUGUGGCUCAGGGAAGCGUCGGGACGCGAGAAAUCCAACUCAAAGUUAGGGGGCCUGGAUACUGUUGCAGAAUCCUGUUGCUGUGUUGAAGCUGAAUCAGCCCCUGCACUCAACAGGAAGAGCAUGGACUAGUACUCGCCCACUGUCUUACCCAGAAAAGUGUCUUCUCAAACUGCAUUUUUUGGUUGAGAGAACAUGCAAAGAUUCUUCUCUCGAUGUGUGCACCCACCUUUCUGCCCCAUCUAUAAUGCAUUUCUGACAGUGUUUUUGUACCAGCUGCAUAAUAACAGUCAGUUUUAACAUCGGUAACAUUUUCAAGAUGGAUUACCUGAUCUCAGCGCAGUAGGUUUUGUCUGCAUACAUUACACUUCUCUCUCUGUGUUUCUGCAUGCAUCCUGUAGUUUUUCUUGAUGCUUUGCCAACGUAAUGGCUCAUUUGCUCGAGGCAUCAUCAUUCAAAUUAUGUUUUGACAAGACAGACUUAAUGUGAUCAUUACUCUAAUGGCUUUUAUGAGAAUGCCCUGAUGUCCCUUUUCUCCUGUAAGGAACUUAAAUAGUGUGUUUCAGUCUACCUUUGCUGCACAGGACAGUGUCGGGCAUCAGCUAAGUGUUGGAACAGAUGGUUCCUGUGUUGGACAAUAUGACCCCAGCUCCUCUGACACAGAACUGCUCCAACUGCAGCCAGGUGCUAGUCCCUGAACUCAACGUAGUCAAGGCUGUGGUGUUGGGCCUGGUGCUUGGUAUCUUAAUUGUGUUUGGAAUUGUGGGAAACAUCCUGGUAAUCCUCUCAGUGGUUUGCCAUCGACAUCUGCGGACAGUCACACAUUAUUUUAUAGUUAAUCUGGCGGUGGCAGACUUGCUGCUGAGCUCCACUGUACUACCCUUCUCUGCCAUUUUUGAGAUUGUGGAUCGUUGGGUGUUUGGGCGGGUUUUUUGCAAUGUUUGGGCAGCUGUGGAUGUGCUCUGCUGCACUGCCUCCAUCAUGAGCCUCUGUGUGAUCUCUGUUGACCGCUACAUUGGAGUCAGUUACCCUCUGCGUUACCCAACUAUAAUGACAAAACGCAGGGCGCUGCUGGCAGUGAUGCUGCUGUGGGUGCUGUCCAUCAUCAUAUCUAUUGGACCUCUGUUUGGCUGGAAAGAGCCACCACCUGAGGACGAGUCCAUCUGCAAGAUCACAGAGGAGCCUGGCUACGCUAUCUUCUCUGCUGUGGGCUCCUUCUACCUCCCUCUGGCCAUCAUACUGGUCAUGUACUGCCGGGUUUAUGUGGUCGCACACAGAGAGAGCCAGGGCUUGAGGGAGGGCCACAAGACCGAGAAGUCAGAUUCAGAGAGGGUGAUACUCAGGAUACACAGAGGCAAUACAACUGUAUCAGAGGACGAGGCCCUUCGCAGCCGCACGCAUUUCGCUCUGCGACUGCUCAAGUUCUCACGUGAGAAGAAGGCCGCCAAGACCUUGGGCAUCGUGGUCGGCUGCUUCGUGUUGUGCUGGCUGCCCUUUUUCCUGGUGCUACCUAUUGGCUCCAUAUUCCCUGCUUACAGACCUUCAGACACUGUCUUCAAGAUCACCUUCUGGCUCGGUUACUUCAACAGCUGCAUCAACCCCAUCAUCUACCCUUGCUCCAACCAGGAGUUUAAAAAAGCUUUCCAGAGUUUACUCGGAGUUCACUGUCUAAGAAUGACUCCAAGAUCAAACCACCACCAUCUGAAUGCAGUUCAGAGUCAAACUCAGGGUCACAGCCAGCCCCUUAAUCUGGGCCUGGACAGCAGGGGGGCUCCCUGUCGGCUCAGCCCUUCCUCCUCUAUGGCCCUGUCCAGAACCCCUUCCUCCAGGGACAGCAGGGAGUGGAGAGUCUUUUCUGGAGACCCCACAGGCGGUUCUGGACCUGCCGAGACAAGCAGGGCUAAAGUGGCCAAACUCUGCAGUAAACGCUUCCACCAAACCUGCUGCUGCUUCCUCAGCAGUGGGACUCCCCCACAGGAGUCAAACUGCGCCCAGCCGCCUUCUGUCGGAAACCUUCCCACCAUUAAAAUCCACCAACUGUCCCUGUCGGAAAAAGGAGAGCCUGUAUAGCAAAUAUAAUCCUUCAUCCAUUAGUCAUGACUCCCCUUUCAAGGUCACAGACGAGAAUAUAUAUUUCCAUUUGCUCUGUUAACUUCAGGAUGAACUGUGCUGGAAUGGUGGCUGCUUUGAAAUUCAAAAUGUAAAAGUCUCUGCUUUCGUAUGAUUUUUCCUGGAUGUAAGAUUGAAAGAGGUAUCACAGCCAUUAUAUUUGAUCCCUUUAAAGGUCCAGGAGGAUCUAUUGGCAGAAGUGGAAUAUAAUAUCUGUAGGUUUUGUAUAAUCACCUGAAAAUAAGAAUUGUCGUGUUUUUGCUUCCUUCCUUGCCGUUUAUAUAUCUAUGGGCACCAUGGUCCUCCAAUGUUUAACACCAUGUUUCUACGGUAGCCUUGAUGGGAUGAAUCAAACACUGGCUUCAGCUUGGGGCUAUCACAUUUUCCAUGCUUUCGGAAGGAAAGGGAGGGUGAAGAUGCCACUAAAUCCUACACACUGGUCCUCUAAGAAGAUUAGCUUUCUAAAUACUACUACUAACUGCAGUCCAUCCAAUGUUUGGAAAAGUGUAGAAAGAAGAUCCUGUAAAGUCUGUGGACCAAAAGAAAAAAAAUCCAUAUAGUAAAGAGACUAAAAGAUCUCUAAAUGUUUACAUAUUUUAUAUUACAGAAGAGCAGUUCAAAUGUAUAAAAAUGUAAAUAGGAAAGUUUUAUAUAUUGCAUGAUUUCACCAAAUGUUUCAAAAAUGCUGGUCAGUGGUGCUCCUGUUGUUUCCAAAGUUUGCCUAAUGCUGUUCCUGUUGUCAAAAUGUUGUUAGUGUACUGCUCCGUCUGUACACAGUAAAUACCAAGGGACCUUGUGUACUUCCAUGUCACAUUACAAUAAAUUUGUAUGACAUAUUCCUAACAAGGGAUUCAUGA